UAUUCAGCUAAAGCGGAACUCAGAAGCUCUUUUGCAUUUCUUGGGAACAAGAACAAGGCCAGAGGCAAUAACAUGAUGCCAUGGCUAAGCGGACAGGUCUUGAAGGUGCUGAGAAGUGCCUGGCGAUUCUGUGGGCCUCAUGGGCAACCACCACCGCUACAUGCCCCUCAGAAGAUUGUGGCCACCUGGGAAGCCAUCAGCCUGGGGAGGCAGCCAGUGCCUGAGUACUUCAACUUUGCCCAUGAUGUACUGGACAUGUGGAGUCAGCUAGAAAAGGUUGGACACCGGCCGCCUAUCCCCGCAUUCUGGUGGGUCAGUGGCACAGGAGCAGAGGUCAAGUGGAACUUUGAGGAGCUGGGGGAGCAGUCCAGGAGGGCAGCUAAUGUGCUCAGGGACAUGUGUAACCUUCAGCCUGGGGACAGGAUGAUGCUGGUGCUCCCGAGGCUCCCGGAGUGGUGGCUGGUCAGUGUGGCAUGUAUGCGGACAGGGGCUGUCAUGAUUCCGGGUGUCUCUCAGCUGACGGAGAAGGACCUCAAAUACCGGCUGCAGGCAUCAAGGGCCAAGUCCAUUAUCACCAGUGACUCCCUGGCUCCAAGGGUCGAUGCCAUUAGUGCUGACUGCCCCACCCUUCAGACCAAGCUACUGGUGUCAGACAGCAGUCGGCCAGGCUGGAUGAAUUUCAGGGAACUCCUCCGCGAGGCAUCCACAGAGCACAACUGUGUGAAGACCAAAAGUCAAGACCCACUGGCCAUCUACUUCACAAGUGGCACUACCGGGGCCCCCAAGAUGGUUGAGCACUCGCAGGCCAGCUAUGGACUGGGUUUUGUGGCUAGUGGAAGGCGGUGGGCAGCCUUGACCCCAUCAGACAUCUUCUGGAAUACAUCAGACACAGGCUGGGUGAAAGCAGCUUGGACCCUCUUCUCUGCCUGGCCUCAUGGAUCUUGCAUUUUUGUGCAUGAACUGUCCCGAGUUGAUGCCAAGCUUAUUCUCAAUACUCUCUCCAGUUUCCCAAUCACAACCCUCUGCUGUGUGCCCACCAUCUUCCGGCUGCUUGUACAGGAGGAUCUGACCAGGUACCAGUUUAUGAGCCUGAGGCACUGUUUAACUGGAGGAGAGGCCCUGAAUCCUGAUGUGAGAGAGAAAUGGAAGAGCCAAGUGGGCCUGGAGCUGCAUGAAGGCUAUGGCCAGUCUGAAACAGUUGUAAUCUGUGCCAAUCCAAAGGGCAUGAAAAUCAAAUCUGGAUCCAUGGGGAAAGCGUCCCCACCUUAUGAUGUACAGAUUGUGGAUGAUGAGGGCAACAUCCUGCCUCCGGGAGAAGAGGGCAAUGUUGCUGUCCGAGUCAGGCCCACCCGGCCCUUCUGUUUCUUCAGUUGCUAUUUGGACAAUCCUAAGAAGACAGAGGCAUCAGAACAAGGGGACUUUUACAUCACAGGGGACCGAGCCCACAAGGACAAGGAUGGCUACUUUUGGUUCAUGGGAAGAAAUGAUGAUGUGAUCAAUUCCUCAAGCUAUCGGAUUGGGCCCGUUGAAGUGGAAAGUGCCCUUGUCGAGCACCCAGCUGUCCUGGAGGCUGCUGUGGUCAGCAGCCCGGACCCCAUCAGAGGGGAGGUGGUGAAGGCUUUUAUAGUCCUUUCUCCAACUUACUGCUCUCAAGAUCCAGAGAAGCUAACUCAGGAGCUCCAGGAGCAUGUGAAGAGGAUGACUGCUCCUUACAAGUACCCCAGGAAGGUGGCCUUUGUUUCAGAACUGCCCAAGACGGUUUCUGGAAAGAUCCAAAGAAGUAAAUUGAGAAGCCAAGAGUGGGGGAGAUGAGAGGCAGCCCUCUAAAGGCCCCAUAGACCUCUCAAACUUCUAAGAGGACCUGGUGCGAUCACUGGUCAGUCCUUGUUUGGAGCAUCAUCCCUUUCACCUUACAACUUCAGAGGCCUUGCGUUCCAAAUGGGCAUCUCCAGAAUCAUUGUAGGACCCUGGAAGAGAGCAGAAUAUCACUAACACAGAGUGCACAUCCCCUGCCAGUCUAGAAUGUGUUCGAUGGCUUCACUUCCCCCUCCUCUGUCUGAAGGCAUCCUCAGCAGCUGCCCACUGGUCUUACUUCCAGCUGGCUCUCUGAAGAGCAGAUCAUCAGAGUCAGGGAACCUGUGACCUCAUUCACUGUCCAUGGGAGUAUAACCACUCGGCCCUUUUGAUAACACCAUUUGGUAAUUAUAUCCAGGGCCAUAAAAAAUUGGUCAUAUUCUUUAGCUUGGAAAUUCUAUCUUUGGCAAUCACUACAAAAGAAAGGAUUCAGGAGUGCCUGGGUGGCUCGUUAAGCGUCCAACUCUUGAUUUCAGUUCAGGUCAGAUCUCACUGUUCAUGAGAUAGAGACCCAUGCUGGACUAUGCGCUGACAGCUCAGAGCCUGCUUAGGAUUCUCUCUCUCUCUCUCUCUCUCUCUCUCUCUCCCCCUCCCUGAUCAUAUUCUGUCUCUCUCAAAAUAAACAACUUAAAAAAAAGGAAAGGAUUCAAGGGACAUUUACUGGAGCAUUGUGUUAAAACUCUGAAAAAAAUCAAUGUCCAACCAAUAGGGCAAUGAUUAAAGUGUAAUAGAUUAACUCAAAA